AUGUGGCGGGGAUCAGGAGCAGCCUGGGGCGACCGUCGACCAGAGAUACCUUACCAUCAUCCAGGAAGCUUUCGGAGGAGGUUCCCCGCACCACCCUCUCAAACCUCCACAUCCACCUUGCUUACCGCAGCCUCUCACACCCGCGCCACCCUCUCAAACUUCCACCUCCACCUUCCUUAUCUCAGCCCUCUCACACCCGUACCACCCUCUCAAACCUUAACCUCCACCUUCCUUAUCUCAGCCUCUCACACCCGUUCCACCCUCUCAAACCUUAACCUCCACCUUCCUUAUCUCAGCCUCUCACACCCGUACCACCCUCUCAAACCUCCACCUUCCCUUACCGCAGCCUCUCACACCCGCACCACCCUCUCAAACCUCCACCUCCACCUUCCUUACUGCAGCCUCUCACACCCGCACCACCGUCUCAAACCUCCACCUUCCUUAUCUCAGCCUUUCACACCCCGCACCACCCUCUCAAACCUCCACCUUUAUUAUCUCAGCCUCUCACACCUGUACCACCCUCUCAAACCUCCACCUCCCACCUUCCUUACCGCAGCCUCUCACACCCCGCACCACCCCUCUCAAACCUCCACCUGCACCUUCCUUACCGCAGCCUCUCACACCCCGCACCACCCUCUCAAACCUCCACCUUCCUUAUCUCAGCGCUUUCACACCCGCACCACCCUCUCAAACCUCCACCUUUAUUAUCUCAGCCUCUCACACCUGUACCACCCUCUCAAACCUCCACCUCCACCUUCCUUAUCUCAGCCUUUCACACCUGCACCACCCUCUCAAACCUCCACCUUUAUUAUCUCAGCCUCUCACACCUGUACCACCCUCUCAAACCUCAACCUCCACCUUCCUUACCUCAGCUUCUCACACCUGCGCCACCCUCUCAAUCCUCCACCUCCACCUUCCUUACCGCAGCCUCUCACACCUGCGCCACCCUCUCAAGCCUCCACCUUCCUUACCGCCAGCCUCUCACACCCACGCCACCCUCUCAAACCUCCACCUUCCUUACCGCAGCCUUUCACACCCGCACCGCCCUCUCAAACCUCCACCUCCACCUUCCUUACCGCAGCCUCUCACACCCACACCACCCUCUCAAACCUCCACCUCCACCUUCCUUACCUCAGCUUCUCACACACGCACAGGAAGUCCACUGGAACAUGCCACACCAAGGGAACAUGCCACACCAAGGGAACAUGCCACACCAAGGGAACAUGCCACACCAAGGGAACAUGCCACACCAAGGGAACAUGCCACACCAAGGGAACAUGCCACACCAAGCAAACAUGCCACACCAAGGGAACAUGCCACACCAAGCGAACAUGCCACACCAAGCGAACAUGCCACGCCAAGGGAACAUGCCACACCAAGGGAACAUGCCACACCAAGGGAACAUGCCACACCAAGGGAACAUGCCACACCAAGGGAACAUGCCACACCAAGGGAACAUGCCACACCAAGCGAACAUGUCACACCAAGGGAACAUGCCACACCAAGCGAACAUGCCACACCAAGCGAACAUGCCACACCAAGGGAACAUGCCACACCAAGGGAACAUGCCACACCAAGGGAACAUGCCACACCAAGGGAACAUGCCACACCAAGGGAACAUGCCACACCAAGGGAACAUGCCACACCAAGCGAACAUGCCACACCAAGCGAACAUGCCACACCAAGGGAACAUGCCACACCAAGGGAACAUGCCACACCAAGGGAACAUGCCACACCAAGCGAACAUGCCACACCAAGGGAACAUGCCACACCAAGGGAACAUGCCACACCAAGCGAACAUGCCACACCAAGCGAACAUGCCACGCCAAGGGAACAUGCCACACCAAGGGAACAUGCCACACCAAGGGAACAUGCCACACCAAGGGAACAUGCCACACCAAGGGAACAUGCCACAAACUUCCAUUGGCAGUUGCCCCAAUUACAAUGUUACAGUUUCAUCUAGCAGACGGUUUCAUCCAAAGCGACGUACAAGGAUCUAGUCUGGAGGCAACAACGCAAGCAAUGUCCCUGUUUGGUUGUACAGAGCCAUCUGUAGACAAAAGGCGCUCCCAAGCCUUGGCGUCACUCAACAGUUCGAGGACUGUCAAAGGCCAGGUGUCAAGAUCUGAAAUGGACUCGUCGGUGCAAAUUGUCUUCUCCUCCACACCACUCCUGUUCUGCCUGCUCUGGGGGGCAGGUGCCCAGCAGGCCUUUAGGACUGAGCCCAGGAACAUCACUGUACAUAUGGGGGCCACAGUCGUGUUAAAGUGUGAGGUGCUGAGGGUCUCAGGAGCUGUGCAGUGGGUGAAAGAUGGCCUCCUCUUGGGGCCCCAGAGGAGUCUGCCAGGUUUCCCACACUACAGCAUGGUGGGAAACCCCCAGAGAGGACAAUACCAUCUUCAGAUUGAAAGGGCCGAACUGGAGGAUGACGCCCCCUAUGAAUGUCAAGUGGGCCCGUCCGAGAGCAGCCAGGCAAUCGUUUCCAACACAGCCUGGAUCAGUGUGCAGAUACCCCCUUCCGAGCCAUACUUUGAGGUGGACUUGGCGGAGCCUUGGGUGGCAGGGAAGGAGUACAAAGUCACCUGUAUUGCUCCUGAUGCGAAGCCCAAGGCGAAAGUUACACUCUAUAAAGACGGAGUCGAGCUGACAGGUGCGGAGUCUUUCACCAUGUCUGGCUCAAAGGAUAAGCUCCUGAACACGCAUGCUGAAGUAACGGUCAUGGCUCUGAGCUCUGACAAUGGGAGGCAACUGGUAUGUCGUGCCAAGAGCCCUGCCCUCCCCCGGCCCCUGGAGACUACGCUGACCAUGAUCGUGUACUUUCCGCCCCAGCAUCCAAUCAUUGAAGGUCUUGAGAGAGAAGAGGUCAAAGCAGGGAAAACACUGAAGUUGGUGUGUGUGUCUCAAGGGGGGAACCCCUUGGCCACUCUUCACUGGACCAAGAAUGGCAAUAUUACAUCCAACAGUUGGGAGGAAGACGCUGAGGCCCAGAGAUCCAGCAGCAUCCUACACAUGCAAGUCACCAAAGAAGACAACCAGGCGGUGCUGAGUUGUGAGAGUGUCAAUCUGGUGUCGCCAUCACCUCGAUCCCUAAGUCGCAAAAUCACUGUUCUUUUUGAACCGGAGAAGGUGAUGGUGUUGGGUUCCUUCAAGGCCGUUGAGGGGAAGGCGUUGUCCCUCUGCUGCUACACAAGCUCCAGUAAUCCUCCUGUCCAGAUCCGCUGGUGGCUGGGCUUCAGAGAGCUCAAUACCACUGUCAUUACCAUGGCCGAGGGUGACAACGGUGGGAAGACAACCAUGUCCAACUUGACCCAUCAGGUUUCACGGGAGGAGAACGGGCUGCCACUCACCUGUGAGGCCUUUAACCAGGGCACGCGCUUCUCCAAGACCCAAACCACCAACCUCAAUGUCCUUUACCCCCCUACAAAAGUAUGGCUUGAUGUUCCCCCUCAUGGUGGUCCUCUUCGCUCUGGGACCACAAUCCGACUGGUCUGCUUCUCCAGUGGGGGCAAUCCCACAGGAACCCUCAGCUGGCUCAAGGAUAAUAAGCCGGUGCCAGAUGCACUCAGGCAGAUGUCCUUUGAAAAAGGUGUGUCUCGGGAGCUGGUCUUGGUCCUAAACCCAAGUGACAACAUGGCCAUCUACCGUUGUGAUGCCAAAAAUGAGGCAAGGAAGGUCAUCUCUGCCCAGACCAAGCUCAUGGUUCAGUUUCCAGCAGUGAGUGUGAGGAUCACGGCUAAACAAAAGGAGCUGCGCCGGGGCCAGAUCUUCACUAUGGAGUGUCUGUCUGGAAGCAGCAACCCCAAGGCAAACAUUUCCUGGAGCAUGGGCCCGUUAAGGUACCAAGGGGUGGAACAGGCACCCAAGAAGGCAGAGUUCGGGGGGGUUUCAGUGAGUAGUACUUUGUCCCUGCUCCUGGCAUCGCAGCACCACAACCAGAGGGUCAUUUGCCAAGCUUACAGCGCUCUGCUGGCUGAGGGGGUCAGCACCUUCCAUAAACUCAAUGUGCUGUACCCACCGGAAUUCAGCCCAGACCAGCCAAAGCAGGUUCAGGUGGCGGAGGAUGACGUUGCAAUCAUUCCGCUAAUGGUCUCGGCUAACCCAGAGGAGAUCUCCUGCACUUGGCUGCACCGUGGCGAAAAGCUGAGCAAAGAGAGGGAUCCUCGUUACCACUGGUUUGAGGGUUUAUCACUGGAGAUCUGGAACACGACACGGAAAGAUGCUGGCGUUUAUACCGCACAGUGCAUGAACGAGGAAGGUGUCAACCGCACCUCCAUUACUCUGGAUGUCCAGUAUGCCCCUAGUGUGAAGGCGGAGAAAGACCCUGUACAUGUGAACUUGGGGGAAACGGCUGACUUGAUAUGUGUAGCAGACGCUAACCCCAUUACAUCUGACAUGUUCUCGUGGAAGUGGCUGGGGGAAGAGGAGAUAGAGAUUGGAGAGGAGACACAGGAUGAGGAAACAGGGUUGCUGACCAUCUAUAAUGUGACUCGGGCUCAUGCCGGAAGUUAUCGGUGUACGGCCAAUAAUGGCAAAGCGCCCCCUGCCUUUGUACAUAUGCAGCUGGUAGUCCACUUCAAACCGGAGAUACAGAAAGGAGCUCAGUGGAGAAAGGUGGCGAGUAAAGCGGACGGUACCGGUACAGCUACGUUGGUGUGUCAGUCAGAGGGCGUCCCCAGGGUCGACUUCUCUUGGGCGAAAAACGGUGUGCCCAUGGACUUUGCAAACCCCAGGUAUGUGAAGCGGACUGUGAGGGAGGGCUCCUAUUAUGUGAGCUCCGUUGUGGUAGUGAACGUGAGCGCAACGUUGGACUACGCCGUUUUUAGCUGCACCGCCCGCAACUCUCUUGGCCAAGAUUCUCUUGACAUCCAGCUUGUCAGCACAAAUCGCCCGGAUCCUCCUUCAUCCUUCCGCCAGGCCAGUGUUGGACAUGACUCAGUCACCUUGGAGUGGAUCCCUGGCUUUAAUGGCGGUUUGCAGCAGAGAUUCCGUAUCAGAUACCGCCAGGCACAGUCAGUCAGUUUCCUGUAUGUGGACGUCUUCCCUCCCAGGGCAGCCUUCUUCACAGUCACUGGUCUGUCCCCCGUCACCACCUACAAUUUCUCCGUCAAUGCCCUCAACGCAAUGGGAGAGAGCGACUAUGCCGACAACAAUGCAGUACUGACCAUCACCACUGAGGGUCAGCUUGCCGGACUUCCCACGUAUUUGACGGUAACCCUCACAGUGGUUGUUGGAGUUCUGCUGGCGAUGAAUUCAUUCGGUUGCUUUCUUGGUUUGCGAUGGAAGAAAAGGCAGGGCCAGCUAGGGAGCAGAGAAGGCAGCGUGUUGGAUCACAAGAAGAAUGAAGAGAAGGAGUCCAGCUCAUCUGCAGCGGGCAGCUCCAAUAGGUACGAGAGCAGAGAGAAGAUCAAUGCCAAAGCCCAGCGGACCCUCCUCAUUGACUCUGGAUCCGAGACAGACAGUAAUGUUUACGAGAGCUAUGCCGAGGAAAGUGUUCACUACUACUAUCCGACUAGUCACCACCGGUCUCAUCUCUACCCACAUCCUGAGGAAACUCACAUGUCAGAAGACACCCACUACCCAAUGGAGUCUCAAGGCCAUGUCUAUGAAGAUGUGAGGGACUCAGGUGUUUACCAGGAUGUACUGGAUUUUUCUUCCCCUUCUCUUCCCUCCAUGCUCGACCAUAGAUUGCCACAUCGAGGGGGUGAGCCGAGACCACCUGCCUAUCCUCAGGGGAGCCUGAGAGUGAGGGAGGACACAAAUGAUCGUCGACUACAGAGAGAUUACGAUUUGCCCUUUGAACUUCGAGGAGAGCUAGUCUAA